AUGCGCUCUAGACGCCUUCUUACCUUGCUGCUGCUUGUCUCGCUUGCUUUGCUUGCAGUCUUCAACUUCCGCGACCGCUUAAUAGCUCGAGUCAGUCCGAAUAGUCCCACUGGCCCUGCUGGUCCCUGGUCACCUCCGCUGCGCGACCAAGAUUUAUCCGCUUUUUUACAAUACAACGACACUCAUGUACAUCCGAUCGAAUAUCUGGCAAAAGAUGCCGAGAACGAAUUCAGUGCCCUCCUGCAACGACAAUCACGCACUUUGAAAGAAGCCGUCACCGAGUACAAGCGCCGAUACAACAUCCUACCUCCACCUCACUUCGAUAAGUGGUUCCAAUUCGCCCACGAUCGGAAUGUCCAACUGAUAGACGAGUUCGAUACCGUCUAUCACUCGCUACUCCCAUUCUGGGGUCUGAAGCCUGUGACCAUAAGACGGAGAGUUCAAGAGGCCCUCGGUUUCGAUGGCAACAACCUGAUUGCUUUGAUGAUACGAGAUGGGAAAGUGACUCACGUACGGAGCGGACAAGAAUGGCAGCAGAAGGCGACAGUCGGCAUGAUGGACAAAUUCAUCCAGUACCUGCCCGACAUGGACCUGGCCUUCAACAUCCACGAUGAACCUCGAGUCGUUGUACCGCAUGACGAAUUGUCUCGUCUGGUCGACGUCGCGAAGACCAAAAACAUGCCCGCCGCUUUUGCCCACCCCAGUCCCAAGGACGCUUUCUCGCCUCGUCCCAAAGACUUGAAUCUCGGUGAACGAGUUGACGAGGUCAAGGUUACUCGCUUCAACGUGUUUGCGCAUCAACCCACCUGGAUCCCUUCACGCAUGUCGUGUUCUCCGGAUACCCCUGCCAGAGCGCUUGAGGAAGAGACCACCCCGGAUAACAUCGCAGCCUAUGCAAUGAGCGAGCUAGGGUUUGUAUAUAAUGAUACCGCCUUCAGCGACAUCUGCAACUCUCCUUCAUUUGGCACAUCGCAUGGCUUCUUCGACCGACCAAAUGCUUUCAAUGUUGUGCACGACCUCGUGCCCAUCUUCUCACAGUCUAAGAUGAGCAGUUUCCAGGACAUCUUGUAUCCUUCUCCUUGGUACUGGUAUGGCAAAGUCUCCUACAACCCACUCAAAGACGUGGCUUGGGAGAAGAAAGAAGGCAAGCUGUGGUGGGUUGGUAGCACGACUGGAGGCUUCUCACGCGACGGAGGCUGGCGUCGUCAACAUCGCCAAAAGUUCGUGCACAAGCUCAAUGCGCCUGACCAGGCCAAGAUUAUGUACGAUGCACACCUGACCUCGGCUUCAUCACGCGAUGACAAGACUCCCGACUGGCAAAUGCGCUCUGUGCCGCGCAAUGACUAUGCGGAACUCAUGGAUGUUCAUUUCUCUCACGUUGGCCAAUGCGAUCCUGGUGACUGUGACGCGCAGAAGGAGUUCUUCAAGAUUGUGCCACCAGCUGACCAACAGGAUGCAUGGAAGUACAAGUAUCUGCUCGACAUCGAUGGCAAUGCCUUCAGUGGUCGAUUCUACGCUUUCCUCAAAUCGCACAGCUUGGUCUUUAAGAUGGCAGUGUUCCGGGAGUGGCAUGCUGAGUGGCUCAAGCCUUGGAUCCACUACGUGCCUCUCAGUCUGAGAGCAGAAGAAGCUCUUGAGUCAGUCCGUUACUUCGGAGCUGAGGAAGUCGGCAAGAGUAUGGCUGUGGAGAUGGCUGAGCGAGGCAGAGAGUGGAGCAACAAAGUACUGAGGAAUGAGGAUUUCGAAGUGUGGUUCUUCAGACUCUUGCUCGAAUACGGAAGGCUUGUAGAUGACAACAGGGAGAGCAUUGGCUUCGAUGCGUAG